AUGUUGGUGGGCAACAUCUACGUGAUUGCUGGGGUCUCCGUCGUGGGCGGUGCGCUCUUCGGCUUCGACAUCUCUUCCCUGUCCGCUCAACUGAACGAGAACUCCUACAAGUGUUACUUCAACCAGGGUCCCCUGGGCCCGCCCUUCACCGACGAUGACGACUGCUCGGGCCCGACCUCACUGAACCAGGGCGGAAUUACUGCUGCCAUGGCGGCCGGCUCGUGGCUGGGGGCUUUGAUCUCGGGUCCGCUGUCCGAUCGCAUUGGACGCAAGACUUCCAUCAUGAUCGGCUGUGUGAUCUGGUUAAUCGGCUCGACCAUCAUCUGUGCAUCGCAGAACAUCGGAAUGCUGGUAGUGGGCCGCAUCAUCAACGGCCUGUCGGUCGGCAUCGAGUCCGCCCAGGUGCCAGUCUACAUCAGCGAGCUCUCCCCACCCUCCAAGCGCGGUCGGUUCGUCGGCAUGCAACAGUGGGCGAUCACCUGGGGGAUCCUUAUCAUGUUCUAUAUCUCCUACGGAUGCUCCUACAUCGGCGGCCAAAAGUCCUACAACUACAGCACCGCCUCCUGGCGCGUCCCCUGGGGCCUGCAGAUGCUCCCCGCCGUCUUCCUCUUCGGCGGGAUGAUGCUUCUGCCCGAAUCCCCGCGGUGGCUGGCCCGGAAGGACCGAUGGGAGGAUUGCCAUCGCGUGCUGGCUUUAGUUCACGCCAAAGGCGACUUACACCAUCCCUUCGUGGCGCUGGAGAUGCAAGAUAUCCGCGACAUGUGCGAGCUGGAACGGCAGUUCAAAAAUGUGAACUACCUGGAUCUGUUCCGGCCGCGCAUGCUGAACCGAACGUUGAUCGGGUUGUUUACGCAGAUCUGGUCGCAGUUGACGGGGAUGAAUAUUAUGAUGUACUACAUCACCUACCUCUUCUCCAUGGCCGGCUACUCCGGCAACGCGACCCUCCUGGCCUCGAGCAUUCAGUACAUCAUCAACGUCGUGAUGACGCUGCCGGCGUUGAUCUGGAUGGACCGCUGGGGUCGUCGCCCGCCAUUGCUGGUGGGAUCGGCCUUGAUGGCGAUCUGGAUGUACGCGAAUGCCGGCAUCAUGGCCGUGCACGGGGUGGUGGUGCCGGGGGGCAUUGACGGGGUGGCGGCGGAGUCGAUGCGUCUGCACGGGGCGGCUGCGAAGGGGUUGAUUGCCUGCACAUACUUGUUUGUCGCCUCAUACGCCCCCACCCUCGGCCCCGUCUCGUGGACCUACCCCCCCGAACUCUUCCCCCUCCGUCUCCGCGGCAAAGGCGUCGCCCUCGCGACCUCGGGCAACUGGGCCUUCAACACCGCGCUGGGACUGUUCACGCCGACCGCCUUUGCAAACAUCCGGUGGAAGACAUACAUUCUCUUCGGGGUGUUCAACACGGCGAUGUUCAUUCACUUCUUCUUCAUCUUCCCGGAGACGGCCGGGAAGACGUUGGAGGAGACGGAGGCGAUGUUCGAGGAUCCACAGGGGAUCCGGUACCUCGGCACGCCAGCAUGGCGGACGCGGGUGAAGACGCGUGCGGUGCGGGAGAUGGAGCGCGGGCAUCUGGAUUUGGCGUCGAAGGGGGAGGAGACCGGCCAUGCGCAUGCGGAGCAGACUGGGGUUUGA